UGCAGCAUUGACAGAAUGAGAGAUUAUGAUUGUUAAUUAAACUCUGAGAUAAUGAACAUACGGUGCUCUGAUGAAUAUUACUGAUACUUCAGCAGCUCUUCAACUAAUUAACUGUGUGAGUGUGUGUGUGUGUGUGUGUGUGUGUGUGUGUGUGUGUGUGUGUGUGUGUGAGUGUGUGUGUGUGUGUGUGUGUGUGUGUGUGUGUGUGUGUCUCUUAUUGUCUUUCCUUCAGAGUAAAAUGAUGUGUCCUUGAUUUUCUGUUAUUGUUUUUUUCCUAUUUGUCAGAUGUCAGAGUCCAAGGCUAAGAAUGAAUGUGUGGUUUUGUAGAUUUCUGCUGUUUGAGAGUCAGCUUUCAGAAACUGUGUGACAUGAGAAUAGUGUGUGUGUGUGUGUGUGUGUGUGUGUGUGUGUGUGUGUGUAAGCAGAUGAAAAAGUUUUGUUUUCAGUCUGAAUUACAGGAAAACAUGAAGAUCUGCUGAAGACGCCUCCAAAGCUUCGGUCAGAUCCUCAGACACAAUCUGACGUGACAUCAUGAGUGUGUGUGUGGAUUAGGAGCUCAACUGAGGAGUGUGUGUGUGUGUGUGUGUGUGGAUCAGAAGCUGAUUUGAAGAGUGUGUGUGUGUGUGUGUGGAUCAGAAGCUGAUCUGAGGGAGGAGCGUGUGUGUGUGUGUGUGUGUGGAUCAGGCGCUGAUCUGCGCAGUGUGUGUGUGUGUGUGUGUGUGUGUGGAUCAGACACCGAUGGAGGAGCUGAUGGAGCGAUCGGAUGGAGCAGCACAGAGAGACAUGUUCAGUGACACAGACUUCAUGAUCGAUGAGCAGAGCUCUCACGUCAGUGGGAUGGAGGUGAUGGAUCGCCUCAUGUUUCUGGAGCAGCGUGUCCAGAUGCAGGACGACGAGAUCCAGCUGCUGAAGAUCAACAUGACUGAUGUUCUGAAGAGACUCGACAUCUCAGAGGAGCAGAGGAGGACAUCUGCUAAAGCGUCUCGUCCGGCGUCUCUGUGUUUGGCUCCUAAAGCAGCAAUCAGCUCUUCAUCCUCGUCUCUGAGGAAGAGCUCCAGCUCCACGCUGCCCUCUUCACCCUCCUCCAGGAACUACAGCCCCGCACCCGGAGCCAAGAGGAGUCCUGCUGGAAACUCUAAAGAAACUAAAGUGAAGACGAGCAUCAGCUCUUGCAGGAAAGUUCUGGAGAUCAAACCAAAGGAAACAGCUCCAGUAAAAACAGGCUCCAGGCGUGUCCUUCACUGUAAAGUGUCUAUGCAGAUCUGUCUGACGCCGGGGUCAGGAAGGACUGGGUCAGCUGAGCGCUCCGGCUCCAAACACAAGAGCCCCGUCAAGUCCCCGAGUCAGUACUUCCAGAUCUGUUACUGACCUUCAGACUGGACCCGGGAUCGAUUGGUUUCUUAGUCAGAUCUGGUGCAGAAUUAAAGAAAUCGGACUGAAGUGGUUUCUGUGGUUUCUUGCUGGAUCACCGCUCCAUGAAUAUUUUCAUUCAUCUGAAUCAUUUCAUAAUCAGUGUUUAAACCAAACCCUUCAUAUAUACUCAUUAAAAUAAAAGAACAAUAUAUCC